AUGCUUGACGUUGCACUCGAUACUCUCAUCGAUUCCACAAUCGAGGGCUUUGAGACCCAACCUGAUAUCUCCAGCCUAGCGCGCAUCGCUGAAUCGCUCAAGAAAACGAAUGAACUCCGAGAAGCAAAGAUAGACCGCCUACAGAAAGAAGUAGACACGCUCCAGGCCGAGGUGGACGCACUCUCUAGCGAGAUCAAAGCCAUGGUACAGCCUGAUGCCUCGAUUCUUGAGCGAUUGGCGGAAUACGGCACCGCUCCAGUUCUAAAAGAGGACGAAUCCAUCUUUAAGGUGAUGAAUGCCAAAUCCAUCGAGUUGGACAACCUCAAGGUGUCGUUGGCAAAGCGACUCACCGAUUUGGAAAGCACUAUCAACCAGAUGGACAUGGUCAAGGUGAAUUUGGCGCGACACAGCGAAGAGGUGAGCAAUCAGAAGGAGCAGGCGUUGGCAACUAAUAUCGCUACCAACUUCAAUUCUAACAGCAUGCGCAUCAGUCUCUACAAGAGCUUGGGCGUUCAUAUUGAGGAACUGGACAAUAUGAACGACAAGAUCGUUGUUUUUGGGCCUUCCAAGAACCUGACCAGUGUUCUUCAGGUUGAUGAGAAGUAUCUGGAUUAUUUCAUCAGUAAUUACAUUUGGGAGAAGAUCGGGACGUGA